GCCACACAUUACAAUCAGCUGUCAGAAAGAAUUUAAUCACGUAAAAAACAAAAUUAUUUGUGUCUUUAGAUAAUUCCCGUCAAUAUGGCGGGGCAAAAUCCAGGAUCUCCAACUGAUUUUCAAUAUUUCUACGAGGAUGAAGUGUAUAAAAUCAACAACCGCGGCCAAGUUGUCUUCGGCCUGGUUCUCGAAAACUAUGAAGCAAAUUCCAGCGAUCAAGAAAGUGACAUAGAAACUCCUAUCCAGAAAGGGGAGAUUCGUGUCGUAUGGCACCCUUCAGGCACUGAACGAGUGGUUUCGGAGAAGUCAGUAGGACUGGCGGAUCGUUCGUUAAUGCCUGGCGAUGUCGUGCGACGUCUCAUAGCCGGCAAGGACACGCAGCGGGGCUACUGUCGCGACAUCGAGAUGACGGCGGCCCUGCAAAUCGUUGGGACGAAACACGUGAUUCCCAAUGUAGCGAGCGAGAGACUGCAGCCGUUGGAGGAGUUCACACCCGAUCUUGCUGUGUGCCUCGACUCGUGGGUUGGCACGUCUAAAGCUGUUCGCAGCAAGUUACGCCUAGUGUCUUCAGACGGCUCUCGACUGGAAUAUCCCGAUUUAGACACAUGCCCUUUGGAGGACUAUUCAAUGCGCCGCCGCCGGGCCACACCCUACUCCUCGUCGGAGUUCUACCCGGGACAGGUUGUGUACGGCCCCCUCGGAUCAUUGGAUAACGCCAAUUGGCUACACAUGACUAAGGAGAUGAAGGCUGCGCGUAAACACAAGAUGCACGAUCAUAAGUUCACAGUGGAAGCGGUGAUCACAGAGAGUGUGAGCGUGCACUGGCAGUGUCGCGCGCUGUGCACCAACGCGGCGGACUCUGCGCAGCCGCAACAACCAAAGUUCUUUGUUGAAGGUGAUGAUUUAAAAAAGUUAAAACUACUCAAUGUGUUUGAACCGUGCACGCUCCAAGCUGGCGACAGAAACUUCCUCACCAUUGGUCCAGAAGAUUCCUUUAUCAGCAAAAAGCAGUGGCGGAAACAACAGAGUAAAUACUUCAGAAAUCUGCGAAAACAAACACGCCCCACAAAGAAAUCUUCCAAAGCGGACACAGCAUUGGAACACUUACCAUCCAGACCAAAGAAGAGGGCGUCGUCGCAUCGAAAACAAAAAGCUGGUGAAAACGACAUGGAAGUGGACAAUCCAGAGGAGAAAAUGGAAUCUCUGGAUGAGGGAGUCACAGCGGACGCAAGCUGUCCUCGCAUCAAGAUUGAGCCGAGCAGUGAUGUGCCUCUGCCCAUCACGAGCAGUCAGGAGGAUACGGCUGCGGAGGAGAAAAACGAUUCGGGGAUCAGUCCAGAACCAAUGAAGGAAGAUGGGAACCUCUUAAAUGGAGACAGGACCAUGGACCAAUUGAAUGAUGAUGAUUCAGACAAUUGGGAGAAUACCAGCAGUGAUGGCAGUGACACAGAUAGCGGCGCGACGUGGUCGUCCCGCUGCUCGUCCGGCGCGUCGGGGUCGGGGCGCGGCAAGCGGUCCCCGCAGCUGGCGGUGCGGCUGCUGCGCGGCAAGCGGCUCAAGCGCGCCCCGCGCCGCGCGCCGCCCGCGCCGCCGCCCCGCCGCAACGAGCGCGUCGUCGUCGAGACGCUGCACACCGCCAGCCGCGCCAACGUCGUGUGGCAGGAUGGAACGAUAGAAAUGGGAAUACCAUCAACGCAGCUCUACCCGAUUCACCACCUGGACGGACAGGAGUGCUUCCCGGGUGACUUCGUUGUGAACGGCGCUGCUAAUCGGGAAGAGAAUAAUAUGAUCCACCGAGAGUACGGCGUGGUGCAGCGCGUGGACCACCACGGGCGCACCGCCAUCGUGCACUGGUACCGCACCUACACCAGCGCUGAUGACCCUGUGCCACAAAUGAUAAGCGAAAGCGAGAUGAGCGUGUACGAUCUCAAGGACCACCCGGACUUCCAGUACCGACCCGGCACGGUAGUUAUCAGGGUUGCCAACUUCACCGGCGAAGACGCUAAUUGUACUGCUGGACAGGUCAUAGACAAUUUUCCUUCGGGUCGCGUGAAGGUUUGGUGGGUCGAUGGACAUACUAGCAUGUGCUGGCCACAGGAUCUUUAUAAGGUGGGCGAAUACGACUCGGAAGACGGCGAGCUAUGGGGUUCAGAAGGGUCUGCGUCUGAGGACUCGUGGGAGACGCAGAGUUCUGCACACGAUGCAGACGCGCGCACACCAGACGCUCCCACGACACCCGGAGACCAUUUACCACCCACAUUGACAACCCCAGCCAAAGAGGAAACGCCGACAACAGAGAUACGCGUGGGCCCGAUCCCGCGGCUGCUCGAGCCCCGUGUGGCGGCGCACAUCGAGCGCGGUCGGAUCGCGAUGCGCCGGCUCGAGCGCAUGUUCGCUGAGCACCCGUCGCUGCAGACGCAGGAGCUUUUCCAGAUAAUGCGGAAACUGUUAGUCCUCUAUAAAGACUGCCGCUUUUUGGAUAAGUUGAUGGGAACAACAUUUUUUCAUGAAGAUCAUUUCUUGGGCCUCAUAGAGCGUGUCAAAGAGCGCGGUGCGAACACGCCGCGUGCGGGCGAACUUCGCGUGCACGAACAGAUUGCGAGAUUGUUCUCGCCGGAGGAUGGGCAAGGUCUGCCGCCCAACGAUAUGUACAUUGGGGAGUAUGGACGGCCCGUAGCGGCUGCCAACAUAACUGUGGAGCCUAUGGAGGUGGACAUAGAGAAGGAAUCUGAAGACCAGAACCAGGACUCGGUGCAGGCGUCGAGUUCUGAUGCGAGUGUCGAACCAGAGAAUACACUGGAAAGUGAGCUUGUAAAAAAGAUGACGGAAUCGAACGCGCCGACCCGCAACGUGUGCCACAAACUGUGCCAGCUCAUACACGCUCAGCUCGUGAAGGCGCACACUGAAAUCAGCCGGCGAAGGCCCCAACAGUUGGCCGAAUUCCUUAACAGCUUAAUGGAAAAGCGAAAUAGGAGCGAAGAGAAGUUACCCUACCACUUUUCAGUUCAAUUUGGAUCUCUUGUUAUCUGUGUGACGGAUGACGUGGAAAUUGAAGAGGCACAAAAGGAGGAGGAGAAUAAAGAGGCAGCUGCCGCUAAGUUUGAAACUCCAGUACCAGAAACCGCGCCGCUAGCUACAGCCGAAGGGGACAUAGACACGGAGGUGCUCGGUGAAAGCGAAUCAGAAAAUGGCGGUGAAGGGUUCUGCGUACUAGAGUCUGCGCCGGCGAAUCAUCGCUUUAGACUGUCGUUACUGCAGCCCAGUGAACCUAGGACCUUCUACUCGGCGGUGAAGAGGGAAAUUAAACUGUUGAAGAGCGAUUUACCGCCCGGGGUGUGGGUGCGCGGCUACGAGGACCGCAUCGACCUGCUGUCGGUGAUGAUCGCGGGCCCGUCGCGCACGCCGUACGAGGGCGGGCUGUUCGUGUUCGACGUGCAGCUCGGCGGGGAGUACCCCAGGGCACCGCCGCUGUGCCACUACCACUCGUACUGCAGCGACCGCCUCAACCCCAACCUGUACGAGGACGGCAAGGUGUGCGUGUCCCUGCUGGGCACGUGGUCGGGCCGCGGCGUAGAGGUGUGGGGCAAGGACAGCUCGCUGCUGCAGGUCAUCGUGUCGCUGCAGGGGCUCAUACUGAAUGCAGAGCCCUACUUCAAUGAGGCGGGAUAUGAGAAGCAGAAGGGCACCCAGCAAGGCAAGGAGAACUCGCGCAUGUACAACGAGAUGGUUCUCCUCAAGCUCGUCCAGUCCAUGACGCGUAUGGCGCUCAACCCGCCGGAGCCGUUCCACAACGAAGUAGUGCAGCAUCUACGCGGUGCCGGCCCCGCUCUAUGCCGCCGGCUCGAGGGGUUGGCGGCGCUAUCCAACGACCCCAUUAACCCCGGCGACCCCGCGACCCCCACGGACCCCCCCGACUACCCGCUGGUCCCGGCGUCGCGCGGGUUCUGCCUCACGCUGCGCUCGUCGCUCGAGUCGUUCCGCGCGGCGCUGCGCAAGCUCGACGUGCAGUUAUAGCCCUAGUGUGGCCGACCAAUCACAGCGCUCGUUACUGCGGACGUGUGCACGUUCAUUGGAGCAUUUUUUUUUUGGGGGAUUUUUUGUUCAAAUCAGUGGGGGGAGGUUAGUUUAUGUAAUACAUUCAAAUGUUGUGUUAGAUAUCAGUAAAUUAGUUAAUGUAGUGAAUUGUUACAUCUCAUAUUGUAUAAUUUAUUAAAACAUGACAGUUUAAUUUGAUAGUGAUAUGUAUAGAACGGCACGCGUCCGCAAGAGCGACAGUCGCGCGGUUACACAUAGUUAUAGAAUUUAUUGUGAUUCGAUUAGAUCUUAGACGUUCGCGGCGAUCUAGUUUAUUAUUUCGAAAUUUAUAUUCCAAUUUUAUUUAUCUCGAGUAUUAUUAGUGUGCAUGCCGUCUGUCUUUCAUAUCCGCGGCGAUAUGGACUGUACAGCUGUUACUCAUGAUGUAUAAUUAUUGUAUGAAAUUCUGGAAUGUUCGAUCCUAUGCUAAUAUGAUUAGACUAUUAUUAUAGAUAUUGAAUUGAAUAAAUAUUUAUUUCGUUUAAUGUAAUGUAUGUUGCAGCGAUGCGUACUUACUGAGGUUUCAUACGAUUUAGCUGAAAUCCGAAUUUGUUACACGACUGCCGUGGAACGUGCUGUUUUGGAAACUGUUUUUUUGCGAAUUUCUUCGCUAAAAUAAUGUAAAACAGUUAUUUUUCACCAUCGUGUUGUUAUUUAUAAUUAUUAUAUUUUCAAUUGAAUUUUUAAUGUGCGCUUGGUGUUAAAAAUUAUUUGCACAAUACUAGAAAAUAGUUAUUUCUGCUGCGUUUGGAAACUAUUGCUUAUUUGUUAUCGGUAUAAUAUUUCUAUGUAAUACACGGAUAGUUGCAAUAUAUCUAGGCAAAGAAGUACAUAAUAUACUAGUAGUAAUAAAUUAUUGCAAAUGCAUUUUUAACACCAGUUAGGAAUUAUUUGUGAAUUUUCAAUCAUCCAUCUUUUGUUAACUAAUGUAUGAAAUGAGUCUCUUGAAUGUUAAUUUAUGUAUGUGUACGAAUAAAUUACUAAUUUUUUAUGUAAUUAUAGUUUCUAUUUCGUUUGUGAUGCAAGUUAUUUAUAUUUUAAUAAUGAAAUGAAAAAAAUGCGCCGUCUGUUACACUCCACUGUAGUUCACGAUAUUUGCUUUGUUACCACUUUUUAUUUAUCAGUACGUUAUGACAAUUGAUGGUUUUAGGAUACUAAUGACUAAUAAAUUUAAUUAGAAAAAUGUAUAAAAAUAUUUAGACACUUAAUAACUUUAAUGUGGACAUACCUAUUAUAAUUACCAUCCUUAGAAACUUGUGAAUUUAUUGUAAAAAUCAUUCAAUCGUCAUAACGUCCAUUUACGGAUUAUUUGUUAAGGAAUUGUAAACGGUCCUCUAUACUAAGUAAACCAGUGAUUUUAUUUUUGUCUAAAUUGCGGUUUUUUUAUUUAGAAAUUGUAAGUUUUUCGAGAUUAUCCUUGUUUCCAAUAGAACGCUUAUAGUAUCGGCGAGUGUUAGCGCCGGAACGCGGAGCCGGCUUGCACAAAAAUGAUGUAAUUCAUGCCAAAGUCAAUUGAGCUAUGAAAGACUUCGGUCGCUUGUGUACGCGAUAAGUGACAAUUAUAAAAUAAAUGAUUCUUCAACUUCA